AUGGCUGCAAGUAUCCACACACAAGAUCUCAAGGCAGAGACUUCAGCCUCAGCGGCCGAAGUACCCGGAGAUGGGGCGGGAGAAGGCCCCUCAGCCGUCGAUACGGUGAUGACGAGCUUCAUCCCCUUGAAGCAAUGUUCACCAAUGGUACAAAUAUACCACCUCUUGCCAGGCAUUGUCAUUAGGGAAGGGGGCGCCGUUACUGCCCCAACCAAUGCCACGCCCGGAGAAGUGAACCAAGAGCAACAACAAGGCGUCAAAAGAGAGGCGGACCAAUACAUGCCGACAACAAAUAUAACUCACAUCAUGCGGUGCGUCCUCCCCGCCCACGUUAAAAUCGCUGACGAUGCAAAGGAGGCCAUCCAGGUGUGCGUCUCCGAGUUCAUCAACUUCAUUACUGUCGAGGCGAACAACAUAUGCCACUGCGACUACCGAAGAACAGUCACGCCGGAGGACGUGUUGGCGGCAAUGGCGUCGUUGGGUUUCGGCGACUACAUAGAGCCCCUCAUCGUUUUCCUCAACAAGCAUCGAGCCCAUCAAGACCUCGAUAAAUGCACUACAAAAUUAUAG